UUUGAUUUGUUAGAUUUUUGAUAAUAUUCAUAUUUUAUAGGGGCAGACUCCUUUUGACGAUUAUUGUGAUGACACUGGGCCAUCUCAUAUUGAGAAGGUGUUUAAUUUUGAUUGUCCUACUAGACCUGACAUGCCCUCGAGCCUGCCCAUUGACAUCCCAGAUGCCAAGAAAAGGAAUAAGAAGAAAAAAAGAUGUCGGGCCACAGACAGCUUCAGUGGCAAAUUUGAAGAUGUUUACAAGCUAAAUGGAGAGAUGUUGGGAGAGGGUUCAUUUGCCAGAGUCCAGACCUGUGGAAAUCUAAUCACCAACAAGGAAUAUGCUGUGAAGAUUAUCGAGAAGAGACCGGGCCACAGUCGCAAUCGGGUGUUCCGUGAGGUGGAGAUGCUGUAUCAAUGUCAGGGACACAGGAACAUUCUUGAACUAAUCGAAUUCUUUGAAGAUGAGGACAAGUUCUAUUUGGUUUUUGAAAAGAUGAAAGGAGGCUCUGUAUUAACACACAUCCACAGACGAAAGCACUUCAAUGAAAGAGAAGCCAGUGUUGUUGUCCGUGAGAUAGCAAGUGCACUGGAUUUUCUUCAUAACAAAGGCAUGGCCCAUAGAGAUCUGAAACCAGAGAACAUCUUGUGUGAGAACCCAGAACAGCUUUCCCCAGUCAAGAUCUGUGACUUCGACUUGGGAAGUGGAAUCAAAUUGAAUGGUGAUUGCUCCCCGAUUUCGACCCCUGAACUUCUGACACCGUGUGGGUCUGCCGAGUACAUGGCCCCAGAAGUUGUGGAGGCGUUUAAUGAAGAGGCUACGAUCUAUGAUAAGCGCUGUGACCUCUGGAGCUUGGGUGUUAUACUAUACAUCAUGCUCAGUGGAUAUCCGCCCUUUGUCGGAAACUGUGGUACUGACUGUGGUUGGGACCGAGGGGAGGCCUGUCUUUCCUGUCAGAAUAACCUAUUUCAGAGUAUUCAAGAAGGAAAGUAUGAAUUCCCUGAUAAGGACUGGGCACACAUCUCCUUUGGUGCAAAGGAUCUCAUAACUAAACUCUUAGUCAGAGAUGCCAAGAAGAGGCUCAGUGCAGCACAAGUUCUGGAACACCCAUGGGUGCAGGGGCACGCACCAGAGCAUACACUUCCAACACCACGCCUUCUCCAGAGGAACAGCAGUGCCAAAGAUCUGACAUUCUUUGCAGCUGAAGCAAUCGCAGUAAACAGGCAGCUGACUCAGCAUGAAGAAAAUCAGGACGAGGAGAAUCAGCCAAUCCUCAUCAAAGCUACCUCAUGUUCCAUGCGACUGUCUCCACCCUCAGAAUCGAAAUUGGCCAAACGGAGGCAGAAGACGAGUGCAAUCAAAGCAGCCAAUCAGCAGUUGUUGCCACCGCUGGUUCUGGUUGACAAUUGUGUGUGAUGUCACUUCUUCCCUCAAGCACAUAGCAACUAAACCCAGAACCUUCUGGUUGGUUGGCUUCUAAGUCUGGCAAUUUUACAGUACUGCUCCACAUAAAGAACUGUUUACAGCAUUUGAAACCUGCAUGGGAUAAGUAUGCAAAUCCCCGAGAUGGUACUAAGAGUCAAACUGAGAAAAGGGCAAGGAUUUAAAUAACGACUUUUAGUCUCUUCACCAAAGGAAUGUUUUUAAUAGCAGGUUUUAAAUUUUAUUUUGUACUGUGAUCACCUUCAUGACAACUAUAGUUUAGAUUUUGCUGCUUUUUACAUUGGUAUCCAUUUGGGCCACUGGUUCUGGAGCGCAGUGUCUAUACAAUAUACAACUAUCAGUUUAUUUUUCCAAUAAGGUCUUCCUGGACACUGGCCUUCGUGCAUUCGGCAGGCUUACCUGGGUUUGUUAUUGGCUGCAAAAGACCUGCACUUCAGAAGCAAGCACCUACUAAAAGGCAGCAAUUUAUUUUGCAUUUUCAGAACAUGCAGGCUUGCUCCUAAUCUCCAGUGUAAAAAAAAAAAUCAGGGCUACAUUUUUGCAUACCAGACUCUUGAGAAGACUGAGAGAGAUUUUGUAUAUUGUGUUUUUUUUAAAUCUCUAGUUGUACACCUAUUUUCUCUAAUAUCAAUGUGACUUUUUAAAAUCUCACCCACUCUGACCAGCAUGUCCUAGAAAAAAAAUUCCUUUAAUUUCUGCCAAGUUCAUAAAUGUAAGUAUAUUCUACAUUUAUUUUGAGUCUUUGGGAAUUUGUAGCAGGACUUUAGUUCAGGAAAUAUGACAAUGUGAUUGGUGAUGGAGAAGAACAAGAAUUUGACUGAGAAAAAGGCAUUCCAGAUACAAAAAUACGAGUAGUCUUUCUCUAAGAUUGCGUGAAAUCUUCCAAAUGUUUUCUUUUAGAAAGUGUUUACGUCUCCGUUUCUAAUAUGUCUGUGGAUGGAGUCUGAAAGUGCCACAUUCUGAUUUUGAAGUUUUGAAAAGUGGGUGCUAUCUGUUUGUGUAAUAUAGGCAGGAUUGGCCUAUCCUUCUUUUGUGUUAAUGUGGUGGUUAUUUUCAAAGCCAUUGAAUGUAUAUGUUGAGCUUUUCACUAUUGCAGAAAUAGAGUGCACAAAACUGAAUCGGACAUUUGAAACCCAUUUUUGAAAUGUACCAUGAAAUGCAAGCAUACUUUAUAUUUCCAUGUGGGGAGGUUGUAGCAACAACACCACCUUUCUCUAUACUCUACUGCUCUGUAUCAGUCGGGUUGGGCAAUCACAAGCUAUUGCAGGAAUUAAAGAAAUGCUGUCCUUUUGUGGGCAGUUUUAAAUUGAACUUGCAUAAAUGACCCCUGAAUUGGAACAGGGCAACUAGUUCUGCCACAGGAAUGUGUAGCAAUCCACUGCCAUCUUAAUUACCGUAAAAAUGUUCUACUAAUGGAAAGAUAUGGGUAGGAAUUACAGCUCCCAGAGACAUUGAAGUAAAGUUUUUCUUCGAUUCUCAACCUCACUGAAGGUAGUCACUUUUGACCAUCCAAGCAAAUUUGCAAUUUGUGACUGUUCUGAAAGACUUUGCUGCCCCUUAUCAAUAAAAUGAGAGCCCUUGGUGAAGACAGGAAUAGGUUUAGCUCUAAUAUCUUCUGAUCUACUAUUUAUGGUCACUGUUCAUACGUGAAUAAGGAGCGCUUACAUGAGGUGCAGAGGGCAGCUUCAACAGUGGAAUAUUAUCCACCUGGGGUACUGAUGUCUGUAAUGGAGUAGGGGAAAGUGUGAUGAAAUCUAAACUGUUUCCUUUCAUCUAAAAUGUUUUGAGUCUGUUUGUACUUGGUGACAGUAACGUAGAAACAAACGUGGCUGAAUGAUCUCUUGGCUACAGUACUGGCUGUUGAGAUCUGGUUUGCAUUUUUAAAGGGGUCACUUUUUGGCUGACUUCAAAUGAUCACCUAAGUUUUUUUGUAAGUUUGCUUUUCUAAGUUUAGAAGAUGUAUGUGCAAAAAAAAAAAAAUUGCGAGUGGCAACUUCCUUGCAGUGAAUGACGUUUUGUAGCUUCAAAACUGCUUCCCAGGAAAGGUUGGGAAUUCAUACCUCAAUUUGUAGAGCUGGCAGCAAAUAAUUUCACUUCUGAAAUCAGUUCAGAUAUGAAAACGUUCAAGAUUGAUCCCAAAGUCUUUCAACUUGCUAAAGGAAUUUUGUUAGGUAAAUUAGUAGAUAUAACUUAUGCAGGGGUCAAAACUCUCUAUUGGAAUUUCUUUUAAAAAAAAUUAUCCCAUUUUAAUGCAAGUUCCCUGUUGGUUCCAUUGCUCAAUCCAACGCUACAUUCUGAAACAGUAUUAUCAGCAAUUGUACAUUAUAGUGAAAAGCUGGUAGUACAAAAAACCAAUUUAAAUUGUCAAGUACAUUGCUAUUAUGUUUGCUGAAUAAGACAUACGUCCUUGGUGUCUUAUACUAAGACUACUUGAAUUUUGUAUGCAUUGCAUCAUCUCAUUUGAAUGCUACCUUGUGCUGAUGGUAGCACAGCUUGGUUUAGUUAAGCAUAGGCCAUAAUCGAGCACUGUUGGUAUAUUAGCUAGCUCCUAAGGGGCAUGAAGCGAAAGCACUUUACACACCAGGUGACUGAUGAGGCUCACUCUAAAUCUUCUUACUGUUGCCAGGAUUUUUGUAUUGUUUUAUAAAAAUUUUAAUAAAUGCUUUGAACUUAA